UUGAGUAUUAAAUGUGUCAGUUAUCUGUUGAAAGGGCUACAGGGUCCCUGAGACAUCUCAAACAAAUUUCUGGAACUGAAAUAAUAUUUUCGUAGAUGGUGUCCUCACAACAAAACUCUGUGAACGGCUCUCACACUUACAAACAUUUUGGAAUGAGCUCGUAUUUGCCCUUACGACAUACGGCGUCGACAAGAGGUGAUGAUCUACAUGGUACAACAGAAAAUUCAUCAUACAUGGAUCAUUUUUUGAACAUCCCCGAUAUUUGUCCAACAGGGGCUGACUAUAGGUCCCAACGGUACUACAUGGGAUAUAACCAGGCCGAAGCAUGUCGUAUGGAGGCUCUACAACGGACUCAUGAUCUCAGCCAAAGAAUGGGUAUGCACGCGGGACGUCCAUCGUUUUACCCUAAUAUGAGUGUUUCUGGGAAUUUACGUUAUAGGGAAACUUGUCCGGAAAAUAUCCCUACAAGUAAUAAUAUAAAUAAUGGAACCAGUAAAGAUCCAAUUAGUCCGUUGACACCAGGGACCCCAUCUGGAAAUGAGGACGGCGAGCCACCACCGCCGUUCUAUCCGUGGAUGUCAAUUGUAGGACCAAACUCAAACCAGAGAAGAAGAGGCAGACAAACAUAUACAAGGUUUCAAACUUUAGAACUAGAAAAAGAAUUCAAAUUCAAUAGGUACCUCACGAGACGAAGACGAAUAGAACUUUCUCAUAUGUUGUGUUUGACUGAACGACAAAUAAAAAUUUGGUUUCAAAAUAGAAGAAUGAAAGAAAAGAAAGAACUACAAGCAAUAAAAGAAAUAAACGAACAGAAUAAAUCUCCUGAAAAAGUUAAACCGGUAUCUCCUGUGUCAUCAGGCGAUGUAUCAAGCUGAGAAAUUAUGUGUUCUUAGGUUCCUACCUCCACGGACUGAAGAGCUCAUUCCCGAACAUCCGGUGUUUCCUACACGAGAAGACUGAAACGAGAACUUUUACUUAAAUUAUACGUUUAUCAGUAGAAAAAUUAGAAUUAUUAUUUCACAUUAUAGGAUGACGGAUACGGGAGCCUGACAUUUGGUACUGCCCUUAUAAACGAGAAUGGACUGCCUAUUAACGAGAAUUUACGUGAAUACGAAAGCGUUUCCAAAUGGCCUGCCAUUUAAAAUGGCGGAUGCAAGAAGAGUGGAGAUAUCAUUUACUUUUACAAACCUUUUCAUUUAUCAUCGCUAUCGACGCAAAUGUUCAUCGUCAUAAAUGUUUAUAGUGCUAUUAUGUGUAUAUUUUUAUGUAUGUACUAUAACAUGUUGAAUUUAUAUAUAGAAAGAUACUGCUCAAAAUAAUGUACUUCAUAUGUGAAACUUUCAUGUAUGUUUUGUAAUCCGAAUUCAAAGUUCGAAAAAUAAUUUGAUACAACUGAAUUUUCUUGCCGCAAACAAUAGUGCAAUAUAGGAGAAAAAUACGUUUACAUGCUUUUUAAAUAGUAAAAUUACUUUUCGAACAAAAAAAAUCCGAAUGUUUGAGAGAAAAUUCAGAUUAAAAAUAUUGCAGUUGUCAGAAAAACUUUCUGCAAUAGAGUUUGGAAUACUGCAUUGUCCAUUUUCCACGGUUGUAAUUUUAUUUUCAUAAAAUAUAUUAUUCAAAUUCAAAAUUUAAAGGACCCAAAUUUGCUUCAAUAUAAGAAGAGUACAGAGGGAAUUUUAACACAAUUAGAAAAAAACAAAUGUCAUGUGUUUCAUUUUUAAAAGAUGAAAACCUUUUCAUUCAAUUUUCUUUUGCGUUAAAUUUUCUUUAUUUGUUAGAUGUAGCUUAAUUAGGAUACAGUACUUAAUUUUGUUUUAAAAAUGUAUGCCAAUUCCGAAAACCUAACUGCAGAGAAUAAGGAUCAUUGGGUUUCUUACAAGUUUCAGAUAUCAUUUUUACAUGUUUAAUCAGUUAAUUCCAGAUAAUCUACUAAAAUUUGCUUAUUUAUUAAUAAAAAAAAGGUAUUCAUUGUUUAAACUUAAAACUUUGGCCUUUGUUAGUCUUGUAUCAUUUUUAAUUUUAGUUUCUUGUGUAUAAUUUGGAGUUUAGUAUGACGUCCAUUAUCACUAAACUAGUAUACAUAUUUGUUUAGGGGCCAGCUGAAGGACGCCUCCGGGUGCGGGAGUUUCUCGCUGCAUUGAAGACCCAUUGGUGGCCUUCGGCUGUUGUCUGCUCUAUGGUCGAGUUGUCUCUUUGACACAUUCCCCAUUUCCAUUCUCAAUUUUAUUAAAAUACACCUUGGAAUGGCAACAUAACAUUCAGUAAUAAUUGGUUGCAGGUAACCAAUAAAAUUAACCACUAAUGUAUUAGAUAGAAUAUACCGUUUUGUGUGGUCCUCACAGUUACCAUAUAUGUUGCUGUAUCGACCUAAGUUAUGACAAUUUUGAAUCAAUGACAUUAAUAAACCUAUAACAAUGAACGAUGAUACUUUAAUUUCAUUGCUUCAUUUCUAUACUUGUGAAUUUUUCUAUACAACUUAUUCUUACAAUGACUGAUGUUGUUGCAGGAAAAAUGAUGGGCGGUAAAUGAUAAACUUUAACAAUUGAAAAUAAUUAGGUUUGCAGAAUUGGCAUAGUAACAGUUACAAAAAUAUGUAGAUCACUGAUAAAUAAUUAUAACGAAGCUUUGUAGUUCAUUUAAUUUGUCACACCAGUCAAGAUGACUGAUUAUUUCCUCAGGUUUUAAUUUUGCGUUUUUUACAUUUGAUUUUAUAUAUAUAUGUGUAUUUUUUCAUCAUUAUUAGGUGCUACAACGUAGAUCGAAACUGCCUUACAACAUCUUUUAAUUUGCUCUGGUGUCGUUUCAUUUAAUAGACAUUCAAACCCGACCAGUCACAUAUUCAGUUAGAAAAAAAAAGUCAUGUGUUUCAUUUUUAAAAGAUGUAAACCUUUUCAUUUAAUUUUCUUUUGCAUAUUCAUUAAUUUUCAAAAUUCACAACCCUCAACAAACAUCCAAUAUGCCUGUUUCAUUUCAUUUAGUACAUUAAUCUAUAAAAGUAAAAACUACACACGAGGAUAUCUUAAUAGAAACUGUCGCGCAGCUAACAUAUUUUAUUGUUGAGUAUAUAUUAUUUUACAGAUAGCAAAUCAAUCCAAUAGCAUUCUAUGUUUAAAAAAAAUGAACUGAAUUCUUCAAUGUGCGUUAAAUCAGAUAAUACCUGGAAACAAAUACCCACAAUUCAAAUGUCUAAUUUUGUAAUUCAUUUGACCAUAUCAACUUUUUUUUAUUCGAGCGUCGAUGAUGAAUCGUUUAUAGACGAAACGCGUGUCUGGCGUACACAAUUUUAAGCCUUGUAUCUAUGAUGAGUUUAAUUGUUGUUUACUUAUUUUUUUUGUAUUUUCAAAAUAUCAGAAAAAUAUGUUAUUAAAAUGCAACUCUUUUCAAAUAUUUCCCUAGAAACGAGAUGAUAUUUCAUAUUAUCCAUAUAAGAUAGGCAGAGAUCCCUUAAUGUUAAAUUAUAUAUUUAUAAGUUGAUAACGAGAAUAAUUAGAAUUAGCAAAGAAACAAAUUCCAAGUUUUGAUUAUGUUUUAUCCUUGUAAUAAUCAACUCUUUAUGUUUCUCAAUGAUAUACAUGUAGUUAGUUGUCAGAUAAUUAUGAGUAUGAAGAGCAUUUGGGCAUCCAACUUUUACAGCAUUCGAGCAAACGCAUUUUAAGUAUUCGAGCACAAGAUUAUUUAAGUAUUCGAGCACAAGAUUAUUUAAGUAUUCGAGCAAACGCAUUUUAAGUAUUCGAGCACAAGUUUAUUUAAGUAUUCGAGCACAAGUUUAUUUAAGUAUUCGAGCACAAGAUUAUUUAAGUAUUCGAGCACAAGAUUAUUUAAGUAUUCAAGUAACUGAGUUGUACAACAAUUCAUCAACCAAAUUUUACCGACAUGAAAUGAAACAUAUUACACGUUGUCAAUUUGGAAUCGAUCAAUUAGAAAAUAACAAAAUGUUACAAAAAAGUAUGAUCAAAUGAAUCAAGUAGUUUAUGUAGAAUAUAUAUAUAGUAAUUAUGAAAAAUAAUAAAAAAGGUAGGAACAUUUCUUAAACUCAUACAAAGUUUUUGGUAUUUUUUUGAAAUUUCAGAUUUGAUUGAACGCAGAUUUUGAUGAUUAGUAUAAUAUUAAUUUAUGCAAACUGUGCUACGUCAAAUGUCUUCAUGUAUUAUUAAUCUUCGCAUUCAGUUGUAACGACAUUUAUCUGUAAGGAGCCAUUACAGUUUCUCACUUGCUCUUCAUACUUAGUGUAUUUACAUUUGUGUAUCCCUUAACACUUUACAGUAGUUGUUAUCUACAUAUUUAGAAGCUAGUCAGAGUUUAGGUUGUAAUUGAAAACAGUACAAUUAAAGACAUUUCUAGAAAAUCAUUUCCGGAAUCAGAAAUCUCAGUUAGAAUCGAAAGGGAGAUAUUUGACUAUUUGGGAAUUUGACUUGUUUGUGGUAAAGCAGAGCAACACGAAAACUAAAAUGAAAAUUAAUCAUUCUUUUGAAAAAGUGCUAAACACUUAUACUACUUCCAAAUUAGUUAACUUAUAAUUUUAGAGUAAUAUUCGGAAAUGAGUUUCGGGAAAGGGCUACACCGUACAAUGGAUAAAUAACCGUAACCAAUCAAAUUUUGUUUUAAAUGCACACAUGCGCAAUUAUAAAUGCAUUGAAUUUCAUUACAUAUUCUUCUUCUCUGACAGAAAUUGGAAAAUGUUAUUAAAAAUAAAUGUACAGGUUUUCCUCAAGAAACAACAAAAUAAGAUUUUCUUAUGGUAAUUUAAUUUAUGCUAUGAUUUGUUUCCUUAUAUAUCAAUAAACAAAUUGUUUGUUUAUUUUCAGUUCGCAUUAUCUUAUAUAUAUAUAUAUAUAUGUCAUAUUUGUUUUUCUUGAGAAAAUACCUUUUUAUUAAACGAUGGGGUAAAUGAACAUUAUGUUCUACAAUUGUAUAUUUGUGUAUCACUGUAAGUUAGUCUUUUUUGAAAACCAUAACGAGAAACGCAAUAAAUGACUAUUGUUGAUUUUUUAUAUAAAUUAUAUGUGUUUA